AUGCAAGCCAGACGCCAAUUAAUAGCUUCGGCCCAGCGAGUAGUUGGUGCCACGGCUCGAUCUUCAAGACCAGUCUUGCGACUGGCGGCAACCCGUAGAGCUUGCGCAACACCCCUACGGUUUCUCCCAACAACCGCUACACGAUGCUACGCAAACGGACGGCCUCACCCCCCGGGAGGAACACAUCGUAUGAAUAUGGGGGGUGAAGAGGAAAAACCGGCACUGGAACAGUUUGGCAUCGAUCUCACGGCUCGGGCCAAAGACGGCAAACUUGAUCCGGUCAUUGGACGAGAUGCUGAGAUCCAACGAACGAUUCAAAUAUUGUCCAGACGAACCAAGAACAAUCCUGUCUUGAUUGGAAAUGCCGGGACAGGGAAGACUGCUAUUCUGGAAGGCCUUGCGCUUCGGAUCAUUCGGGGCGACGUGCCAGAAAGUAUAAAGAACAAGCGAGUCAUCACUUUGGAUCUGGGCUCCCUGAUAGCCGGUGCCAAAUUCAGAGGCGACUUUGAAGAGCGAUUGAAAAAGGUCCUUGACGAAGUUCAAAAAGCAGAAGGACAAGUUAUUCUUUUCAUUGAUGAGCUACACACUUUGCUUGGCCUAGGUAAGGCCGAAGGCUCAAUCGACGCCUCCAACUUGUUGAAGCCUGCCUUGGCUCGAGGCGAGCUACAGUGCUGCGGCGCCACAACGCUCAACGAAUAUCGACAGAUUGAAAAGGAUGUAGCUCUGGCUCGCAGGUUUCAGCCCAUCAUUGUCAGCGAACCCUCGGUUGAGGAUACCAUCAGCAUCCUCCGUGGUAUCAAGGACAAAUAUGAAGUACACCACGGCGUCCGUAUCACUGAUGGGGCUCUAGUCGCGGCAGCAACCUUAUCCAAUCGAUACGUCACGGAUCGUUUUCUGCCGGACAAAGCAAUUGAUUUGAUGGACGAAGCAGCCAGUCACUUGAAACUGCAGCAUGAAUCGAAACCCGAAGACAUCAUGCGACUUGACCACAAGAUCAUGACCAUUCAGAUUGAGCUCGAAAGUUUACGCAAAGAAAAGGAUGUUGCGAGCCAGGAACGCAGAGAGAAGCUGGAAAAAGAUCUAAAAGAGUACCAAGAUGAAAUAGCCCAACUCAACGCUCGUUGGGAAAAGGAACGCAGCGAGAUCGAAUCCGUCAAAGUGAUCCAGGAAGAUCUCGACAAGGCUAGGUUUGAUCUGGAACAAGCGCAGCGUGAGGGCAACUUUGCUCGCGCCUCCGAGCUCCGAUUUGGCGUCAUACCAACUCUCGAACAGAAACUCCCCUCGGACGAGGAGAGCCAGCAAUCGCAGUCCGAGGAUGCUCUGAUCCACGACUCUGUCACAUCAGACGACAUCGCCAACGUCGUCUCCCGGAUCACCGGCAUCCCCGUAUCAAAGCUCACUUCCGGCCACAUCGAGAAGCUAGUACACAUGGAAGACACGCUGCGCGAAGCCGUCAAGGGCCAAGACGACGCCAUCAAGGCCGUCUCCGACGCAGUCCGCCUCCAACGCGCUGGCCUCAGCGGCGAGAACAAGCCUCUCGCAUCCUUCUUCUUCCUCGGCCCCACGGGUGUCGGCAAGACAGAACUGUGCAAAAAGCUCGCCGGCUUCCUGUUCUCCACGGAAUCCGCAGUCGUCCGCUUCGACAUGUCCGAGUUUCAAGAAAAACACACCAUAUCGCGUCUCAUCGGCGCGCCCUCUGGCUACGUAGGCUACGAAGACGCCGGCCAGCUGACCGAGGCUGUGCGUCGCAAGCCCUACGCCGUACUACUAUUUGACGAGUUUGAAAAGGCGCACCGCGACAUAUCCGCGCUGCUACUCCAGGUCCUCGACGAGGGGUAUCUUACCGACGCGCAGGGCCACAAGGUUGAUUUCAAAAACACGAUCAUUGUGCUGACGUCCAAUCUUGGGGCCGAUAUCCUCGUCGGGCAGAACCAACUCCACCCGUACAAGGAGAGUCCCGACGGGGAAAUGGACCCGUCCGUUCGUAAAGCCGUUAUGGACGUCGUGGCUCAGGCAUACCCACCCGAAUUCCUCAACCGCAUCGACUCCUUCAUCAUCUUCAAACGCCUUGCGCAGUCCGCCAUAAGGGAUAUUGUCGACAUUCGUCUCAAGGAGCUGCAGCAGCGUCUGGAUGACAAGCGAAUCAAGCUCACUGUCCCGGAUACAGUCAAGGACUGGCUCGCCGAACGCGGUUACGAACCCAAGUUUGGUGCGAGACCUUUGAAUAGGCUCAUCACAAACGAGAUUGGCAACGGGCUGGCUGAUAAGAUUAUCCGUGGGCAGUUGAAGAUGGGGCAAGCUGCCGAGGUGAAGAUUAAGCAGGAUGGUAUGGGUUUGGAAGUGGUUAAUACUUUCGAGAUUGCGGUAUAA